AUGGGAGCUUCAGAAUCAGAUAAACACAAUAUUUACAAGAAGACCAAUGCCAACAGGCUCUUUGCUCUUGAUGAGUUUCUUGGAGACAAUUCCGAAGGGCUGAACAUGGACACGUCUCUCUCUCUCUCUGAAGACCUGCAGAAGAUUCUUGAAGAAAGAAAGCUGUACUCUUUUAAUCAGAUGAGCAAUGUCGCAUACACUGAUAAGCCAGAGCAAAUGUCGUACAUAGACGCAUGGUACACAAAAAAGAGAAGAAGACCGUAUGUUGCGCCGUGGAGCUAUGUGCCCGAGGACAAGAGCGGAAUGUAUGAACAGGAUAUUGCUCCGUACAUGUCGCGCAAACCAGAAACAAAGAAACAAAAAAUGUGCUUGGGAGUCAUGAAGAAGCCUGCGCCAAUGACUGAAAAAAGCACGCUGAACUCGAUUCUUCCUUUGUACCUAAAUUCCACCACGAGCUUUGAAGGCCCGUCGCAAAAGAAAGAGUUUCUCAAAAUAAGCGACAGCUUCAUGAACAGAGUAAGCGGAAUAGACUAUGAUGCCCUGACUGUGCAGCAGCUGAAAAGCAUCAUGAAAGAGUUUGGCCUGUCGUACACGGGGAAGAAGCACGAGCUCAUCAACAGGAUACAGCAGACAUGCCAUAAAAUCAAACAGAAGCAAACCCAAGACUCUUCAUCAGCAUACCUUGCAAAGGACAGCUCUGCGCUGUCUCCUUCUCUGAAAGAAAGCAUAGAAGCAGAAAUAGAAAAAACGGAAGAGAAAUCAUCGCUUGGGUUUAUGUUUUUUUAA